GGAUUAUACUGGCAUUCCUUUAGAAGUAAAAAUACUGCGGCUCCCGUCGUUUUUGGAUAACAUGAAAUAAGAGUGUCAAAGACCGUGACCAUUGUUGGACAUCUUUUACUUCAACGGUUCUGUAACGAUGUAACGACCAGAAGGGCCGAUAACAGGAGCCUCUGGGGAGAAGGAAUCAGCACAUCAUUUCUGAUGUGUUUCCAGUCAUUACAGCCUCUUCAAACCAACUCUCACUGUGAAGGCGUGAGGGUUGACUCAACAGGAAUGAAUCAGUAAAAUGUGUCUUCACUUUGACGACCAGCCCAAUCAAUAAGAAGCUCCCACCCGUCUCGUCCUCUUCUUGGGCAUUCCCAUCAACAGUUUUCACCUCUCCUAGUUGCCUCUUAAACAAUCGCUCAACAUGCGUCCUUCCCUCGCCACGGCAGUCCUACCUCCCAGGACCCGUUCCCACAAUCCACCAAACCUGGCAGUGGGGGGCCGGGAACACCUGUCGGCUCCGCGGAGGCGCAGCCCGCACCUCCGGCACACCCUCAGCCCAGAGAACCUGCGAACCCUGGCGGAGAGGGGCGGGGCCACAUCCGACACAGCCUCCGUUAUCAGCAGUCCUAUGGGGCUCCCACGGGCCAACAGUGACACAGACCUGGUGACCUCCCAGAGCCGGUCCUCCCUAACGGCAUCCACACUGGAGCACACGCUGAACCGCGGCCAGAACCUCGUCAUAUCCUGGGACAUCAAGGAGGAAGUGGACGCCACCGACUGGAUCGGGCUGUACCACAUUGAUGAAACCAGUCCGUCCAACGUUUGGGACUGUAAGAACAGAGGGGUCAACGGCACCCAGAAGGGUCAGAUUGUCUGGAGGCUGGAGCCCGGGCCCUACUUUAUGGAGCCUGAAACUAAGAUCUGUUUCAAGUACUACCAUGGAGUGAGCGGAGCCCUGAGAGCCACGACCCCCUGCAUCACAGUGAAGAACCCCGCAGUCCUGGUGGAGGGCCUGGCAGAGCAGGUGGGCAUCGAACAUCCACGAAAACUGAUCAGCUUUACUUUGACAGAUCUGCGUGCCACCGGCCUGAAGAAGGGAAUGUUUUUCAAUCCGGACCCGUACCUGAAGAUGUCCAUCCACCCAGGGAAGAGGAGCGUCUUCCCCAUCUUCAGCCACCACGGACAGGAGCGGCGAUCGGCCAUCAUUGCCAACACCACCAACCCCGUCUGGCAUGGAGAGAAAUACACGUUUGUGGCACUAAUGACGGACAUCCUGUACAUCGAGGUGAAGGACAAGUUUGCGAAAAGUCGACCGAUUAUCAAACGCUUCCUCGGUCAGCUCACCAUCCCUGUGCAGCGACUAAUCGAAAAAAUACCAGGAGUCCAGCCUGUGAGCUUCCCCCUGUGUCGCCGUCUGCCUACUGAACAUGUAAGCGGCCAUUUGCAGUUCAAAGUGGAACUCACAUCGACUGGGCCUGAUGGUGCCUCUCCUGAGUCUAUCAUUGGCCUCUCUCCCUUGAAUGGAGCUCCGGGGACUCCAUCCGAUGAUGAGGACCUUCCCCACCAUCUUCCAGGACUGGUCUCUUCGGGCCCUUCUCCCACCGGCUCCCAUGGCUCCCACAGCAUGUGGGAAGGCGGGGCCACAGCCUACCCAGAAAAGGACCUGCCUCUCGUUGGAGCCCACGGUAGAUUUGUGGAGCACGAGAGCCUGUCGUGCCACGAAAUGCUGCAGAGGUCACUCAUCGAGGGCCUGGACGCUAUCGAGGCCCCCAAAGGCCCCGGUGAAAGGCCCCUGGGUGCGGCCUCGCCCAAACUGCGCUCCAGCUUCCCCACACACACAAGGCUCAGCGCCAUGUUGCACAUAGAUUCGGACGAGGACGACGAGAGGUCCGGGGCUAAUGACAUCAUUCCGCUGCCGCUGUCGCUGCUGCUGAUGAAUGGAGAACCUCCAGACAUGGGAGUCCCCGAUGAAGACGACCCAUUUCCUGAGUUUCAGCAGGGGCUGGAGCAAUCGGCGCCCGAGGGCGCAGGUGGUGCGACAGAAGACAAGCCCCCUGAGGCAGAGGUGGCCCUGGAUAUGGGGGCAGGUCUGGAACUUGACGAUGUCUUGGAGCCGGACGUCUUCUCCGAGGUGGAGGAGGCUCCUUUCACAGAGGCUGUGUCCCAUAAUGCCAUUCCAGAGGGGGAAGUGCACGAGGAAGGAAGGGGGCCUGGCGAGGACCCCUCCUCAGAGAUUGACACCUGCUCCAUGGCAACAGCCCAGCAGACGGUCUUCUCGUCAUCAGAGAGCUGCCCAAUCACAGUGACGACUGCUGUGGAAGCGGAGGAGGGAGCGGAGACGGCCAUAGAUCCGGGGGGAGACAUAGUUUCCGGAACCCCACCAACCAAUCACGCCGUAGACGACGAAGGGGGUGGGCAGGUUGCCAUUGGCAUAACUGUGGGAGAAGCUCCCCCACCCAGCAUGCCAGUGGUGGUCGAGGAGAUCAGCGUGAGGAGGCUGAGCCUGCAGGCUGCGGGGGGCGUGGCUGAAAGACGGGCAGGGGAGGAGGCAAAGCCGCACGAGGAGGCGGGCGCCGCUGUUUCGGAGCAAGGCACCACAGAAACAGAUGGAGAGGAAGGCUCUCACGUUAACGGCCACCCUGUUCGUUCGCUUCCUUCUGUGCGUCAUGACAUCCACCGAUACCAACGUGUGGACGAGCCUCUACCUCCCAACUGGGAGGCUCGGAUCGACAGCCACGGGAGGAUCUUCUUCGUGGACCAUGUGAACAGAACCACCACAUGGCAGCGUCCCACUGGACCUCCUGCCCCGCAGGGCCUGACCCGCUCCAACUCCAUUCAGCAGAUGGAGCAACUCAACCGCAGGUACCAGAGCAUCAGGAGGACCAUAACCAACAGCGAUCGGUCAGAGGAAGCCCCCGUUGACCUGCUUCCUGAACCAGAAAGUGAACUGAUGCCUCACUCCAUUUCUGAAUACCGACGAGAAAGUGCGGUCACUCACUCCAGUGGUCGCUCGCGUCUCUCCCUGCUGCUGCAGUCACCCAGCGCCAAGUUCCUGUGCAGCCCCGACUUCUUCACCGUGCUGCAUUCUAACCCUAGUGCCUACCGCAUGUUUACGAGCAACACCUGCCUGAAGCACAUGAUCAGCAAGGUGCGUCGGGACGCCCAUUACUUUGAGCGCUACCAGCACAACCGCGACCUCGUCACCUUCCUCAACAUGUUCUCCAACAAGCAGUUGGAGCUUCCUCGUGGCUGGGAGAUGAAGCACGACCAUACCGGGAAGCCCUUCUUUGUGGAUCACAACUGUCGCUCCACGACCUUCAUCGACCCGCGGCUUCCCCUCCAGAGCUCUCGCUCCACCGGGCUGCUGGCCCACCGCCAGCACCUGAGCCGUCAGCGCAGCCACAGUGCCGGAGGUGAGAGACCAGCCGCCACUGCACCACUUGUCACCUGGAGUCAACUUAAGGCUAGGAGAGACACUGUGGUGGACGACUCUCGCCAAGCCAACCCGCCCAUCAUGCCCCGCCCGUCCAGCACCUUCAGCGGCUCCAGUCGAAGUCAGUACCACGAUGUGGUGCCUGUGGCCUACAAUGACAAGAUAGUGGCGUUUCUACGGCAACCGAACAUCGUCGAGAUCCUGCAGGAAAGGCAACCUGAGCUCGCCAGGAAUCACUCGCUCAAGGAGAAGGUGCAGUUUAUUCGCAGUGAGGGAGUCACAGGGCUAGCUCGUCUCUCGAGCGACGCUGACCUCGUCAUGCUGCUUAGCUUAUUUGAGGAGGAGGUGAUGUCAUAUGUGCCGCCGUUGCUCCACCCAAAUUACAGCCUCUCGUCUCCUCAAAGCUCCCCUGGCACCCAGCGAGCCAAUGCCCGCGCUCCUGCUCCCUAUAAGCGUGAUUUUGAGGCUAAACUGAGGAACUUCUAUCGAAAGCUGGAGACCAAAGGUUACGGACAGGGUCCGGGAAAAGUCAAGCUCAUCAUACGAAGGGACCACCUCUUGGAGGACGCCUUUAACCAAAUCAUGUGUUACUCCCGUAAAGACCUGCAGCGGAGCAAACUUUACGUCAGCUUUGUGGGCGAGGACGGGCUGGACUACAGUGGGCCCUCCAGAGAGUUCUUCUUCCUGGUGUCCAGAGAACUGUUCAACCCGUACUACGGCCUGUUCGAAUACUCGGCCAAUGACACGUACACUGUCCAGAUCAGCCCCAUGUCUGCCUUUGUAGACAACCACCACGAAUGGUUUCGCUUCAGCGGGCGCAUCCUGGGCCUGGCCCUCGUCCAUCAGUACCUGCUGGAUGCCUUCUUCACCCGGCCCUUCUACAAGGGGCUUCUUCGCAUCCCAUGUGACCUGAGUGACCUGGAGUUCCUGGACGAGGAGUUCCACCAGAGCCUACAGUGGAUGAAGGACAACGACAUCGAAGACAUGCUGGACCUCACCUUCACUGUGAAUGAGGAGGUCUUUGGACAGAUCACAGAGAGAGAGCUGAAGCCAGGCGGGGCUGGUAUCCCCGUGUCAGAGAAGAACAAGAAGGAGUACAUCGAGCGCAUGGUCAAGUGGCGAAUAGAGCGAGGGGUGGCCCAGCAGACGGAGAGCCUGGUCCGAGGCUUCUAUGAGGUGGUGGAUGUGCGACUGGUGUCAGUGUUUGACGCCAGGGAGCUGGAGCUGGUGAUUGCAGGCACGGCAGAGAUCGACCUGGCAGACUGGAGAAACAACACCGAGUACAGAGGAGGUUACCAUGACAACCACAUAGUGAUCCGCUGGUUCUGGGCAGCUGUGGAGAGGUUCAACAAUGAGCAGAGGCUGAGACUGCUGCAGUUUGUGACAGGCACCUCCAGCAUUCCCUACGAGGGAUUCGCCUCUCUACGGGGCAGUAAUGGGCCCCGCAGAUUCUGUGUGGAGAAGUGGGGGAAAAUCACCUCCUUACCGAGGGCUCACACUUGCUUUAAUCGUCUGGACCUCCCACCUUACCCCUCCUUCUCUAUGCUCUAUGAGAAGCUGGUCACCGCUGUAGAGGAAACGAGUACGUUCGGUUUGGAGUAACCUCAAAUCAGCUCACAGCCCGGUUUAACUUGGGAGAGAGAACCAUCUGGAAAUCCACCUUUCUCACUGAGAAGAGACAUGGAAACUAAAACUAAUAUCCUCAAAUGGCAACUAACCCCCCUACGUGGACAACUCUGCUGAAUUUUUUUGUUUUGUCGACUGGCUUUUCGUCACUCAGCCGCUCUCAGGCUCUGUUCCGAUUCUCCGCCUCUCUCUCUCUCUCUCUCUCUUUCUCUCACAUAUCUUUUAGAAGUCGGUCAAGUGAACCCCUUCUGGAGAAGAGGCGGAGAAUCGGACACUGGUUUAAAACGCUACAGUACAAUUUGUUGUUUUUAUGGUAACCUUUGUUCAUUGAGCCACAUGUGUGCUUUAUCUCUUCAGUUAAUGGCCUUGUUUACUGGAUUUCUAGCACUUCCCCUCAUCUUGCUCCUCUUCCUCCUCCUUCUCCUCCUCCAACCUGCGCCUCAGAGACAGCUGCUCAAAAAAACCACUAAGCUCCCUUCUCCCUCUCUGGACCUCAAAACUGUGUCCUUUCUGCACCGGGGCUGCAACGUUAUGAACUUUAAUAUACACACGCAGUAAUCACCUUUGCACAAAACACACACACAACAUGGGACAUUUUGUUUUUAUUGAUGGUGCAAACCAGUGUUUCCCCCAAGAUUUUUUUUUUUAUCAGAAUAGAAAGAUGUGACAUUUUAGACUUAGAACUGGAUGUUGGCUGGUCCUCCUUGUCUGUCUGAGAGAAGGGGACACACUGGAGUGCACAAAUACACACACACACACAGGCACGCAGAUAAACACACACAGAUGUGUAUGUAGACUGAAAAUACACUUGUUUUUCACAACGAUUCACAUCAUCAGUGACACAAGGAUAGUGUUCCAUUGUGAUAAUGACUGCAGGUUCUGGUCAGAACUUCUACCCCCAACUACCCCCUCAUCAGAGGUCUGACAUGGGCACGGAAGGAACACCUGAGACAUGCGGCCCUGUUUCUGCAUAUACUCACCAAGACCAUCACCUCAUCAGAUUUGUGGCAUGGGCAACAACGCUUCACGUGAUAGGAUGUACAUUCACCUGGGUCCGUUUGACGUUUUCCAUACUGAGGCUUUUCUGCUGCAGAAGACUGGUAAGAUGGAUCACUUACUUCACAUCCAAAUGAAAGGCAGUUGCACCUCUUGUCUCUCUUAGUACAUUUCUGACAGGACACGUCUCCGGUUUUCAGAAUUUCCACUCUAUGCAAAGCUCCUGUACGUGUGUCUCCAUUUCACCCCAGUGAUUGUAAUAAAA